AUUCUUCCAGGGGGGACAAGAAGGAGAGCAAGUGUCCGACGCCGGGCUGCGACGGGACGGGUCAUGUGACGGGUCUGUACCCGCACCACCGCAGCCUCUCCGGGUGUCCACACAAAGACAGAGUCCCACCUGAGAUUCUUGCCAUGUAUGAAAAUGUUUUAAAGUGUCCUACUCCCGGCUGCUCCGGACGGGGCCAUGUCAAUAGCAACAGGAACUCACACCGCAGUCUGUCUGGUUGUCCCAUCGCUGCUGCAGAGAAGAUGGCAAAGGUCCAUGAGAAAAGUCACCUGACCGACAGCGGCAGUAAAUCAAACCAGACGUCGGACCGCGUCCUCAGGCCGAUGUGCUUCGUCAAACAGCUGGAGAUUCCUCAGUACGGCUACAAGAACAACGUCCCGACCACGACGCCACGCUCCAACCUGGCCAAGGAGCUGGAGAAAUACUCCAAGACCAGCUACGACUACAGCGGCUACGACGGCCAGCACGCCGCCGGCUACGGCAAGAGAGGCCUGACCGCCAAGUCCCAGCACGGGCGAGACACGCCCCCUAAGGGCUUCGAUGUCAAGCGCUUCUGUAAGACGUCGAGUCCGGCGAGCAGCACGACCAGCAGCUACGCUCCGAGCAGCAGCAGCAGCCUGAGCUGUGGGGGAGGCGGAGGAGGGGGCGGGCUCAGAGGCGGAGGAGGGGGCGGAGGCAGCAGUGCCAGCAGCACCUGCAGUAAGAGCAGCUUCGACUACACCCACGACAUGGAGGCGGCGCACAUGGCGGCCACGGCCAUCCUCAACCUGUCGACGCGGUGCCGGGAGAUGCCGCACGCUCUGGGCGUGAAACAGAGUCCGGUGGACGACCUGGACGACAGCGGCGCGGUGGACGUGGCCGGUCAGCCCGGGGGUCCGGAGGGCAGCGGGACGGUGUUGACCCCCCUGCAGCCCAUGUCCCCGCAGCGUCAGGCCCUGCUGAGCAGCCGCUGCUACCAGCUGAGCGAGGCCGACUGCUGGGACCUGCCCGUCGACUACCCCAAGAUCAAGCGCCUGGGAGACGAGCAGGAGCACAAGGAGAGCGACGAGCUGGACCCGUUCCAGGAGCUGCUGGACGAGCAGCGCUACCCGACCGAGGUGACCACGCCCAGCCCCAAACACCACAAGUACCCGCCGUGCAAGGAGAGCAAGAAGGAGCUCAUCACGUUGUCCAGUUGUCAGCUCGCAGACAAGAACAUCCGCGGGAUGAUGACGACAAACUCGCAAGAGCUUAA